AAAAGUGGCAGGUGCAUGCGCACUGUAGCAUUCUAAGGCGCUGUUAUUCCGCUUUGCCCUCCCCGUAAAUAGCAUCACACAAUAUCGUACACUCUUCUUAAUCCUGUCUCCACGGCAACCACUCUUGGAAGAGAAACAUUUUCAGCAUGGUAUGAAGGGAAGGCGGACGGACUGGAAUUUCAUGUUAGAACGCGCUGAGGGACUACAGGAAGCUGACGCUUUGCUGUGAGCCCUGGAGGGUUAUGCACUUCUUCACCGAGUAGACAGCACAAGUGUCCCGUGCUUCCAGAGCCUGGCCAUGCGUGUCCCGCCGGAGGUCCUGUGGGCAUGGAUGGAGCUGCACGACUCGGUGUCCCUGUACGCAGCCGAGAAGAAGAUCCGGCGGGCCGCCGGGCUCAAGCGCUGGCAGCUGCAGCGCUGGCCCCGCCUGCCCCCGGGGCACCAGCACUCGCCCCUGGACGAGCGCAGGCUGCACCACGCGGCCUGGAACGGCUGUCUGGACCAGGUCAAAGCCCUCCUCGAGCUGCCCGUGCCGGCAGACUGCCAGGACCCCCAGGGCUGGACAGCCAUACACCACGCCGCGUUUGGUGGCCACCUCCCUGUGGUUAAAUUCUUGCUCCGGAGAGGCACAGAAGUCAACUGCAGGGACUUCUUCAACUGCACGCCCCUGCACCGGGCCUGCUGGAAUGGCCACGCGCAGACGGCCGAGAGCCUCCUGCAGCAGGGGGCCUCCCACGAGAUGCGAACCUGCUCCGGCCAGACCCCCCUGCACCUGGCCGCGGCCAACGGCCACCUGGAGACGGUGCAGGUCCUGCUGAGGUUCCACGCCCAGGCAGACUCCAGGGACAUCCACAAAUGGACCCCGCUGCACUGGGCGGUGUUCGGCGGGUGGGGGGAGAUGGUGCAGCUGCUCCUGGGGCAAGGGGUGACGGCGGACGGGGACGAGGGCGGGGGCAUGAGCCCCCUGCAACUGGCCGUGCUGGCCGGGAACGAGGCCAGCGUCAGGCUCCUGCUGCGCUGCGGUGCCAGCGCCAACGCCAGGGGCCAGGACGGGAGGACGGCCCUGCACGUCUGCGCGACCUCCGGCAACAAGAAGAUUCUUCAGCUGCUGCUGACUGGGGGCGCAGAGGUGGGGGCUGUGGACACAGAUCACGUGGCCCCGCUGCACCUGGCAGCUGGGGCCGGCUCUCGCGCCGUCGUGCACCUGCUGAUCCUGAGCGGGGCCGGGCUCAAUGCACAGGACCGCCUGCAGAUGACCCCCCUCCACCACUCGGCCAUGCGGGGCAACACGGAGGCAGCCAAGCUUCUGCUGUACUAUGGGGCCAAGGUGGACGUGGCCGAGCGCCUGGGACGGACGCCCCUCCACUUAGCCUCCGAGAAGGGCCACUGCGAGAUGCUUCGUAUCCUGUUGGAGGGCGGGGCCAACCCACUGCUCCGGUCACACUGGCAGGAGACUGCCAGUGACAUAGCAUCUGAGCAUAAGCAGCACAAUGCACUGCAGGUCAUUCAAUCGUACCUGAGGACCCUGCAAAAGACCCAUGCUAAGGGCCGGCAACACAGCAUCCUAUAGUAGCUUCUAAGAUGAAGCUACAAUUACAAUGGUGUUUGUCUGUUUGUUACAGUGAAUUGUAAGUUACAAUUCACAUGAUGUGGUUAUAUAUGCACUGGUCAUUUAAAUAUUUUUAAGCCUAACCAAUUAACAUUUUUUAAUCUAGUAAAUUAUAUAAACACUUCACAAAAAUUGUAUAUUAAACUACGCUAAAGCCAAUUCCUUUAUUUAGCAGUACUUUAAUUGCUGAUUCAAAAAUCUCUUAAUCGCAUUCAAUGAUUCGUGAUAUUUAGUUGUUUUAUGAAAUGUAUGCAGUAAUAAAAAAUAAAUGUUGGUGCUAUCUUCCGUG